AUCUAUAUAUAUAUAUAUGUAUAUAUAUAUAUAUAUACUUGAUCUAUAUACACAUAUAUACUUGAUUAGAAAGAAUGACAAAUGGAGAUAUCACACCAAAAAGGGAGAAUCAAUCAAAGAGGAGAAAGCAUCUUGUUGGGGAGAAUGCUCCUCUGUUGCCUACAACAUUGGAAGGUAAUGAGUUUGAUGGAGCUUCGUUUACUGGGUCGGUGUUUAAUUUAUCAACCACCGUCGUCGGUGCUGGAAUCAUGGCUUUGCCCGCCACCGUCAAAGUUCUGGGUCUUCUUCUUGGCAUUUUCAUGAUCAUCUUUAUGGCAUUCUUCACUUACGCAUCCGUUGAGUUGCUGGUUCGGUUUAGCAGGGCUGCAAAAGCAGUUUCUUAUGGAGGUGUUAUGGGGGAUGGUUUUGGCAAGCCCGGAAGGAUUUUGCUGCAACUCUGUAUUUUACUUAACAACUUUGGUGGGCUCAUUGCUUACGUGAUUAUUAUUGGUGAUGUGCUCUCUGGAACAUCUUCUGGUGGAAUUCAUCAUGCUGGUGUACUUGAAGGUUGGUUUGGACAACAUUGGUGGACUGGGCGAACUUUUGUUCUCUUAGUGACAACACUUGGCAUAUUCACUCCAUUAGCAUUUGUUAAGCGGAUUGAUUCUUUAAGAUUUACAUCUGCAUUAUCGUUUAUGUUGGCGGGUGUUUUUAUUGCUGUCACCGUAGGAAUUGCAGUUCUGAAAUUGAUAAAUGGGAGUAUAAUGAUGCCUAGACUGCUACCUAAUGUCACUGAUUUUGAGUCAUUCUGGAAACUCUUCACUGUUGUUCCCAUGCUAGUCACUGCUUACAUUUGCCACUACAAUGUUCACAGUGUAGAUAACGAACUUGAAGACAAGGCGGAGAUAAAAGCAGUUCUCCAAACAACACUUGCUCUAUGCUCAUCCAUCUAUGUAGUGACAGGCCUUUUUUGCUUCCUUCUAUUUGGUGACUCAACUUUUGAUGAUGUACUAGCAAACUUCGAUACUGAUCUUGGCAUUCCUUACAGUUCCCUCUUAAAUGAUAUUAUCCGUGUCAGCUAUGGACUGCAUCUCAUGUUGGUUUUUCCCCUUUGCUUCUAUCCAUUGCGGCUCAAUUUGGACGGCCUCCUUUUUCCCUCAGCCAGGCCUUUAGCUUUGUCCAAUAUGAGGUUUGUGCUGAUCACUAUUGGCCCCACCAUUCUUAUCUUUCUGGGUGCAAAUUUUAUACCAAGCAUUUGGGAUGCCUUCCAGUUCACUGGAUCAACUUCUGCAGUUUGUCUUGGUUUCAUAUUUCCUGCUUCCAUAACUCUUAGGGAUCAGCACAACAUUGCAACGAAGAAGGACAAGAUCUUGGGCAUAAUCAUGAUUAUCCUGGCCGUGUUGUCAAGCUUGGUUGCAAUAUACAGUGAUGUGUGUGUUCAGUUCAAAAAAAGUAAAUAUACCAUCUGGUGAAUUAUGAAUACAAUUCCUAUCUGUCUACUCAAAUGAACCUAAAGGUAUGAAAAAGUUUCCGAGAUAAUUGAUCUGCUUGGCAAUAGCUAUCUGGUAAAAAUCUAGUUUUCUUAGUUGAAAUUUUGUUUCAGAAUUUUAUUAGCUGGGCUGGAAAGAAAUUUAUGGAGAAGCAAGUAAAGAUGUUGAUUUCUUAUCAUGGUCUUUUCCCUUUUCCUCUUUUGAUGUCACUUAUGGCACCUGCUAGUUAUUCGUGAGAAACUCUGAAGAUAAAGAUUGUAAAUGUUUUUGCUACAUCAUUCCAAGUUGAUACUGCGAUUUUUCUGGGACAAAAAUAAUGAAGUGACUAUAAGUUUUGCC